GACGUCUCGAUGCCAACAAAUUGACCCGAAUGCGAUAAACUACGUAAAUUCCAUAAAAGAUAAUUUUAACACGGCGUCAUUUUAUAUCGUAAUGAAUUCUUAUUAUAUUUUUACAUACACUCGGGACAUGAUGGACGAUCGACGUUGUGUUAAAAUUUAUCCAAUAUUUUUAAUAAUGCUGAUAACAAUCGCUCUUUCCAGAAUUGUUGAAAGCAAAUCGGCGAAUAAGGAGGAAGCUUUAGGUUCGAAACACAUAGAACAGGUAAAUCGGUUUAAAAGAGGUGCCACAAAUAUUAUUAAUUCCGUUGAAGGUUUAGUUACGGGUAUUUUGGACUCCACUUGGGGGCAUAUUGCGCGGGUUAAAAAAAUACCAAAAGAAGAAAAUGUGAUUUACGGCGGAGGAAACAAUAACGAAAAUACAUUUGUAUUGGAUUAUGAAUAUGACUACCAGUAAUGAACUAUCGAUAGUUCAAAGUAAGAAGUAUAAAGAAAUUGUCAUCUUAAUAUUUACGGAAAAGGACAUUUUGCUCGUUUUUAAUGAUGUUCACUUACUUUGGAGUUGGAAGUAGUAGUAUCAUCACAUAUUUUUUUACCACAUUCAUGUAUUGUUUUGUAUUUAUAGUGACUCGAGUCUAUUCAUGAAUUUAUAUUUAAUUGUUACGAUAUUAUUUUUGUGGUAACGAAUUCAAAGACUGUAAUUAUUUUUGGUUAAAAUGAAAUGAAUAUAACAGUAUUUAGAUUUCUAAAACCUUUCAUAACACUGGUUAUUUCAUUUGAUAUAAACUAAUCAUUAAAACGCUAGAAAUUUAAAAUUCUUAGUUGCAUCUUUUUAAAUAAUUGGUCAAAUUUUGUUUUACAUAGUAAUUGUGCAUAGUAAAAUUAUUUUAAGUGAAAAAACUAUAACUUAAAAUCUGCAUAACAUCUUAUGGCACAUUCAUUUAAUUUUUAUAUAAUUUAAAUAUAUUUUCAUCAAUUCAUAUGUUAGUUAUAGAUAGAAUCAUUGCCUAUUAAUGUAUAAGUGUAGACCUGAGCAAAUGUUUUUACAUUUUCUAUUUUUAAAAAUAAUUCUAAGCAUUUUAAAAUCCAGGUUAUUUUUUCGCAUUAUGGGAAUAAAAUAAUUAUUCUGGUAAGUAUGUAUUUUUCCUCUUUUAGCUGAAAUAGUAGGAAUUGGGGCAAAUUUACCGACAUCAUUUAUGAUUUAUCGCUAAAUUUUUUUUUACCUGGCUUUAUUUUUUUGCAAAAUCAAAAGCAGAUUUUACUUACUUUUACCGAGUCAAAAAAAACUUUGCAUACUUUGAAAUACGUCGGGUCAAUGAAAUUUUUUUUUUGUACCAAAUUAUGUCCUAUGUUAUGCAAUCGCUCACAAUCUUGAAUUUGUUAGACUAGAUCAUAAGCAGUUUCAUCUUCUGUACCAGCAGUUUAAACGUCUUUUAGUAAUAAAUACAUAUGACAAAUUAAUAAAUGUUAAUUAAUUUAGUUUUUCGGUCA